CGCUUUCUGCCUCUCUCUUUCUCUCAGCGGCUCCGUGUCUCUCGCUCCUCUCCGCUGCUAUUCUGGGAAGUGGCGCUCGGAAUAACCCCCGUGUGAGCGGGAGUGCGUGCGUGUGCGUGUCUCCUGAUUUCACCCUGACACACGCACAGCCACAGGCUCACAACACAGCCAGAUCACCGAGUGUCUGUCUGCAGCCGAGGAGCUCCGCACGCUCAGAUCUGCUCGGAAAACCAACGGAUUUUAAAACAGAUUUCGGACAUUUUUUUGGUGUGUUUUUGGUUUUACGCGCAACUCUCGCCUCUCAUCUGCGCCUCUGCUCUCCUCUCCGUCCGCGGUGGAUCUCUACCGACCAUCUUCUGCUGUCGGGGAGCAGCCAGAGCUCGUUCCGGGAUCGGCUCCGCUGUCACCGGGCUGCCGCUGUUGACAUUUUACGCAGACUGAAGAUUUGGACUUGAUGAUUUGGACCAGGGGACAAACAGCUGCUCAAGGACGGCGCCGUACGACCACUUCCUGUCAGGACUCGCGUUAACGCCUCAGACUGGGCGGAGGGGACGGGCAGGUAAUUUGGUGAAACCAUUGAAACUACAGAGGAGUUCUGCAAGAGUCGUUCCUGAAAGAAAAGCCGAUCGCUGAAGGAUUCUGCCGGGACUGGGAAUGAAGAGCAACGCACCACAAAGUUGCUGAUGACAUAGUGAAAACAGAAUGUGCAUCUCCGAUGUUCUCCACUAAAACCCACCCUCCAGAUUCCUGCUUUCAGUCUGACUCUCCAAUCAGCUCAGAGAUGGACGCUUUCCGUUUGUUUAAGCGCGUUAGCAACCCGCUGUGGUCCAGUUAACAUGCUAGGUUGCUCUGGGACCUUUUAAACCCUUCAGCAUCUUUCCUCUUGAAUACCCCACCGUCCCUCCUGUCCUCUCUAACUAAUCUGCAGGGGAGAGUCACAAGAAUGGAGGCUCGUGAAGCAGCUACCCCUGGGCAAAAAUGCUUGACCAAGGAAUCAGUGAAGGAAAAGGCACAUCUGGACAGAAAGUGGGCGUCUGAGCCUACGGCAAACACCAAACAAAGCACUUUUGCUGAUCCAGAGGGUAAACAUCGAGAGAGUUUGCCCUGUGGUGCAACGGGAGGAUCAGCGCCCCAUCAAAAGUAUGGAAUACCAGGCAACUCUGCAAAGCUGCUAUCUGGAUCUUCUGCAGUUGGGGCAAUAGGGGGCCCACAAUCCCAAGACCCCCAAGGGCCUUUUGCACAAGGUUUUCAGAGGGGAUAUUUCCAGCUGGCGCAGCCCUACCCUCAACACCCGCAAACGGAGCGCUACGUCUCGGGAGCUAAACCACAGCCUGGCCUAGACCCUCACGCCUGGCCGUUUGUUGCCCAGUUGCCCUCGGAUGACUUAUACCCUGUAGGACACCCUGGCCAUACUCACCCACACGGGGCAAGGAGGUUUCCCAGGCAGAAAUCCCCCAGUUUACCAAGCUCCUUUGGACAGUACUCCCACUCAGGGGCUGAGCCUGGGGAGGAGGGCUACGGCAAAAAAGACCAGAAGCCAAAAAAGCCCGGGAAGUACCUCUGCCCCUACUGUAAUCGAGCCUGCGCCAAACCCAGCGUCCUGAAGAAGCACAUCCGCUCGCAUACUGGAGAGAGGCCAUAUCCGUGCAUACCCUGUGGAUUUUCCUUUAAAACCAAAAGCAACCUUUACAAGCAUCGCAAGUCCCACGCUCACGCCAUUAAAGCCGGACUCGUGCCGUUUUCAACUGAGCCAUCGGUGGCCCCAGGCGGGGACGGGGAUCAGGCGUCUCCAGCCGGUGAGGCAGACGUCCCCUCGGAUGGAGAGCAAAGUACAGACACGGACGAGGAAGGUGUCGAGACCUCCACCAUGUUGACAGAUAAAGACAGUCCGAUCCCACAGAUCUCCUUUGAAACAGACAAGAAUGCAGGUAGCACAGAACCAGCAUAUGCAGACUCAGCCGAGGAGCUCCCCAUCGGAUCGAUGAAAGUGCCUAUCCUGAUUUUUCCCAAGUCUGGGGGAGUCCCUCCCACUGGGAUGGAGUGUCCCCCGUUUCAUGACAUAAAAGGCUCUCAUCGCAUGCUGGGAUCGCAGGCGGGUGGAAGAGCACGUUCACUAGAUGACUCCCCCAACGCCAAACAGCGCUUCGCCCUGCGGCUGAUUGAUAAGGAGGGGCAGAACUCUGAUCCUGGCAUGUCCCAGUCCCUCAACCUCCUCAGUCCUCAUAGCAAAGGCAGCACGGACUCGGGCUAUUUUUCACCCUACGACAGCGCCGAGCUGCAAAUGAGCACUCCAAAUACUAAUGUCAAGACGUACGAAGAGAUUAUGUUUGGUCGGACUUGGUACAUCCGACCCAACUCCAGGUCUAGACAGCAAAUCGCUGUAAACAUUGUAGGGGCAGACCCCAGUAGCCUGGCUAACCUAAAGCACCCAGGCACUAUUUCAGACAUGGGGAAGAUAGUUGAGGAUCCUGUUUCCUUUACAAGAAACAUUGCAAUCUGUGGAGAGGCUAAGCAGUAUCCAACUGGCCCAUGUCAGAGCAGUACAGGACUUUUGGAGCCACCAUCUGAAUCUGGGACUCUUAUUAGGAGUAACUCAAUGCCAAGUCCGUCUCCUACCAACCUCAGCGCUCCUCAGGGGAUCCGAGGCAGCCUCUCCUUCGAUAACAUGGUGGCACCAGACGAUGUGUUCUACCCUCCAGGCCAUCCCAGACUCAGACGGCAGGGAGCAUUUGAACAAUCGGGUAACGAGGCCCACAUUGGAGAGGCUGAGGGCUAUGGGCACAUGGCCAAAAACUUUGUCCCAUCUCUGGGUAUGAAGAUGAGUGAGCGUAGCCCAGGAGUGCCAGAAAACAAUGCUUACAGCCCACACGGUACUAAAGUCAGCAUAUCAGAAAUAGCCACAAGAAAAAGACGGAAAGAGAAAAGCGUUGGGGAUGAUGAUGACAGUCCUGGGCACUGCGAUAGCAGCUGUAGUGGCUCCGUUGAGAUUAUGGGGGACUAUGAGUUUCAACAAGGUAGUCUUGAUGGGUCAAGAGCCACGCCGCUAGGCAAAGGCUCUCUUCAUAGUGCUCACAGCCAGUCCGACAGCUUUGAUACGUGUGCCAGCAUGUGCUCUGAGGACAUGGCACUGCUUCCUGACUUGGAAUGCCGGAAGGCAACCCGCGGUUCAGUUAUCCAGCAUACUGGCAUAGUGUCCCGUCCAAACUCCUUUGAGAAGUCAGAGUCAUUUGAACAAACAGGAUACCAUCCGGCCGAUAAAGUGCCGUCUAGUCAGUACUCAGAGCAGUCUGACACUGACAUCUAUGAGGAUGCUCUGAGUCCUGAAUCUGUUCUGCUCAAGACUGACAGCAUGGAGCAGCAAAGUUCCUGCGAGGUAGCUCCUCUUUCAUCGUCCUCCGCUGCGGCCUCUCCUGGCCAACCAUACCCCAACUCACACAGACUGGUACGACAACCUAACAUCCAAGUCCCUGAGAUCAGGGUGACGGAGGAGCCGGACAAGCCGGAGAAGGAUGCCGAAGCCCCGGCCACCAAGGAGCCUGAGAGGCAGCAGCAGCACGUUGAGGAGUUCCAGCUUCCUCAAAGGAGCGACACUCUGUCUCAGAUGCCCACAGAGAAGCUGCCCCCCAAGAAGAAGAGGCUGCGUCUUGCAGACAUGGAGCACUCAUCUGGGGAAUCAAGCUUCGAGUCGACCUGCACCAGCCUUUCCCGAAGUCCCAGUCAGGAGAGUAAUCUAUCCCACUCAUCCUCUCUCUCCAUGUCCUUCGACCGAGACGAGGGUCCCAAGUCUGUCUCACCAACUAAACAGGACGACUCUAUGACCUCUGGUGGCGGAGGAAAGCAGUCCGAGUAUCUGACCGUGCCUGGUAGUGGCUAUUCCAGCCACCAUCAGCAGAGGGAGAUGAGGAGAUCUUCUUCUGAGCAGGCUCCAUGCACGCUGCCCACAGAGCUGCCGGAAAUGCGCAGCAAAUCUUUUGACUAUGGAAACCUCCCUUCCUCAAGACAGGGCGAGCUGUACACCAGUGCAUCUGCGAUGAAGGAACGCCGACGUGGAUAUCUGGUCCGACAGGCGUCGCUGAGUGUUUAUCCAGAGACGGUCCUCCAGGAAGCAGGUGGACCUGAAAUCUCGAUCAAGCAGGAGAACCUGGAGCAUGGCAUAUGGUCCAGCCCAUCGGGUUCUCCUCACAGCAGCAUCGAUAUGCCCAGCAGAACCAAGCGAGCUGGCGGCAGCGCUGGAGGUGUGGGAUCCCAGCAACAUUACCAGCAGCACAGCCUCCAGCAGAGCAUCAGUGAGGACAGUCUGCAGGAUGAACCCAUCUAUGCAAGGUCGCAUCAGCACCGCCUCCAGGCCCAGAGCUCCUCGUCUGAAGGAGAACAUGGCGGCCUUGAGGCCCUGAGCAAGGAUCUGCCCCACCAGUACCAGAGCGCUGCCCCCUUCAUCUCCAUCUCUCAGCCGGGUCUCUUCUGGAGCCAGGAGUCCGAGCAGAGGCAGCACCAGACCCUCCAGGCUCAGCAGCAACUCUUGAAGCUUCACAUCAGGUCCCAAAGCAGCCUGUCUGGACUUCCAGCGCACAAGCAGCAGAUCCACGACCCUGCGACGUACGAGGGCAAAGCAGACGGCUCACAGCUUUACGCUUCCUCCAUCUCAGCUCGAAACUCCCCUCUGCUGCCCCAGCAGCAGCAGCAGAACCUGGGCUCGCUCUCCUCCAAGCACGCCCUGCCCGGUUCUGCCCCCUCCCUUCUUCUGCAGCAGGUCCAGACGGUGUUUGCCACUCAGAACCUGGGAUCCCAGGCCUCCCUGCCGGGCUUACUGGUUCCCGUCAGGAUCCAGACCAACGUGCCAUCGUUCGGUAAUGCCAUGUACACCAGUGUUAGCCAGCUGAUAGCUUCCUACGGUUCCGGAGUUCAGGCUCUGGACUCAGACGGAAGCGGCUCUGCCAACAUGUCUCCGUCCCUCGUGAACGUCGGGAAGCCGAAGGUGGGACUGGGAGGCGGGAUGAGUGGAGCAGGCUUUAACUUGCCCCACCUCCUGGGCCAGGUGGAGGUGGCGGGGCUGCGGUACCCGCUGCCGGAGCAGCAGGUCAACACGGGCAUCCCGCUGUCGCUGACGUCAGGGACCAUAUGCACUACGGACGCCUCCGCAUCCAACAUGGUGGCCAGCAAACGCAUGCUGUCGCCGACCAGCUCCCUGGAGCGCUUGGUGGAGACCAAGCAGCAGAAGCGGGUGAAGGAAGAGAGGAUGUACGGGCAGAUCGUCAGAGAGAUGGGCGCCGUGGAGCUGAGCGGCGCCGAGCGCUCUGCCAAGCCCAAGAAGCCGGGCAGAGGUCUGAGGAGCGACGAGUCCGUCGACGACUCGGAGAGGAUGUCUUCCUCUCCUCCUCUCGCUGACUUCCCGGCCAAGAUGGCCAUUCCCGUCCGAUCUCCGGCUCCGCACCUCUCCGACGUCCCCCGCGCAGAGAGCUUCACCCCGCCUCUCCAGAUCAUCACAGACCGCUCUCCGGGCUCGGGCGGCCGAGACUCGCCGGAGGAGCUGGACGUGGACGAGCCCCCGGCGCGGUGCGGCUCCAGCCCGGAGCCCAUGCUGUCCUCCGGCGACGCCGAAGACAAGCCGUCCGCCGCGGUGGAGCUCUUUGGAGAAACGGGAGCUCAGCAGCUCUUCCAGUUCCCCAGUCUGCGCACCAUGAGCCGGGUCAGCUGGUGUUUCCGAAACUACACCAAACCCAACAGCACGCCGGCCGCGGCGCACAGCUCCGUCUACAGCUCCUGGUGCGUCAGCUCCUACAAUCCCAACCCGCUGCACCUCACCACGAAGGCGGCGCUGGCUCUGCUCCGGUCCAAACAGAGGACCAACACCGCCCUGGUGUACACCAUAGCUGCCCUGUCCCCGCCCAGCUCUGGGAAGCUGGUGUCCUCCGUGGCCUGGAAGCUGAGGUUCGAUCAGCUGAAGCCGGACCUGAUGCCGGUGGACGUGAGUCACUUUGGGAGGAAGAUGAAGGGCGUGGCGUCGUGGGAGCGCUCGAAGGAGGAGCAGGUGGAGAAGGAGGUCUCGGUCAAACAACCCGCUGCCGAACCGACCCGCAUCAAGAUCUUCGAAGGCGGGUAUAAGUCCAACGAGGACUACGUUUACGUUCGAGGCCGCGGCCGAGGGAAGUACAUCUGCGAGGAAUGCGGCAUCCGCUGCAAGAAGCCCAGCAUGCUGAAGAAACACAUCCGAACGCACACCGACGUCCGGCCGUACGUCUGCAAGUUCUGCAACUUUGCAUUCAAGACUAAAGGAAACCUGACAAAGCACAUGAAGUCCAAGGCGCACAUGAAAAAGUGUCUGGAGCUGGGCGUCUCCAUGUCGUCGGUGGAAGACACAGAGGCGGACGAAGGAGACGUCGGAGACGAAGGCCACAGAUCCUCAGAGAAGACGUCCAGAGGCAGCAUGGCCGAACACCAGUUCUCAGACGCCGACGAAUCGGACGGCGGCGAGGAAGAUGGCGACGAGGUGGACGACGAAGAUGACGACGACGAUGACUACGACGGCGACUCCACCCCCAAGACUCGUUCGCGCUCCACCAGCCCGCAGCCGUAUGCCCUGCCCUCGCUGUCCAUCACAGCGGUGGCCGCCACCCACGGCGCUCCCCACCUCUCCCAGCAGGGGGCGCCCGACCUCCUGGGCCACUCGAGCAGGCCUCCCCUGUUCGGAUACUUCACCACCGUGCCGAGCAUCCGUAUCACGCCGCAGGCUCCGCCUACAGAGCGCAGCCCAGCGGAGCAUCAUCGAGGUCCGGAGCGGAACCGGCUCCUGGCUCCGCCCUCCUCCUCGUCCAUGGACGAGGACCUCCCCAUCCCCUCUCCUGACCUCUCCUCCCCCUCGUCCCGCCUCUCCUCGCCUGGCCUGGAGCACUCCGGCUGCCCGUCCCCCAGCUCCCCAUCCUCCUCCCCCUCCACGUGCCGUUACCUCUCCCCUCGCCGUGACCUCUCCCCCCAUGCCGGACACCUGUCCCCCCGGCGGGACAUCUCCCCUCUGCGUCACAUUUCCCCCAAAAGGGACCUUGGAGUCGGGGGGUACCGCCGGGACCUCUCCCCCCGGCGGGGGCACCUCUCUGUGCUCUCCCCGCUCUCGCGACCAACCUCUCCGGGAGGAAGGGACUACAAGAGAGACCUUUCGCCACGAGGGCGCCACAGGGGGAUGAUCCGGCCGCUGUCUCCCCGCCGAGGCCUCUAUCAUCAAAGCCCUCACCGCGGGGCCCGGGGCCCGAGGACCAACCACCAGAUGGGGCCGCUGGCUCAGGGAGACUUCCCUCUGGGGCGACGCGGCACCACUGCAGAGAUGGAAAAGGAUCUUCAUCCUGGUUCUUCAUCACCAUCUGAACGGGAUCACGCCUCAGCCCGGUGUUACCAGUCCGGCCCGCCUCAGCAGGUUCUGUUCAGUCACCUGCCGACCCAUUCACAGCUUCAGGUGCGUUCGCCGUUCCCGAUGAUCCCCAUCGGAGGGAUUCAGAUGGUCCACUCCAUCCCCACCUCCGCCACCACCCCGCUGGGCCAGCAGGGGGCGCCCACGUCCGCCUCCCGGCUCUUCCUGCAGCAGAGCACGUCGGAGGACUCGGUCAGCGGCGAGGCCUCCUCCGCCGCAGAGCGGGGCAGACAUGAGAGGGCGGAGGGCGGAGGAGUCAGGCAGGAGCAGGAGGAGAGCAUCCACACCUGCACCAAGGCCAUCGCCUCGCUCUGCCUCGACCCUGAAUGUGUGGAGCGAGGAGGAGGAGGAGGAGGCAGAACGCCUUCAUCCUCUUCAGCAUUGUCUCCUGACUCCCAGCAGCAGCACCAGCAGGCCGGCACAUCUGCACCACCGACCCCGCGUCCCUCCCCGCCUCCUCCCAGCGUUCAGCACUUUAGCGGCCAUGAGCUCAUCCCUGCCUCCCCUCACUCUUCCUCCUCCUCCUCCUCCUCCUCCUCUCCUCACCCUCCCAGCCCGGGGUCCGACUCCCUGCAGCCUCCGGCGGCGUCCAGACCAGCGAUGGUGGAAGAGGAGCGGGAGGCGGAGAGCGCAGGCAGGAAGAAGGGCACGUCGUAAACGGAGGAGGGAGGAGUUUCACUUUCUGCAAACAGGAAGGGACGACGUGCAACACGGAGAAGAAACAAUCGACUUUUGCACAAUUUAGCCGAGAUCUUCUCUCUUCUGACUCAGAGUUUGACCUGAAGGCCGCCUCUUAUUUAAAGACUUGACGGAGCAUACGCCCGACCAAAACCUGCCCAGAAAACGGCCGACUCAGCGCCGGAUAAAAGGACUUCUACGCGUGUGCCUUUUCUUUCAUCGUUUCGUUUUUUUCCUGCUGAAUGCAGAAAUGUAAAUACAAUAAUAUCACCUUUCUCUCUCUUUUUUUGCAUAUCCGCUUUGUAACAAAUGCAACCCCCCCCCUUCCUUUUUCUCCUCUUUUUUUAGUUUUCUGACACCUUAAACAUUGAUGUGAAGUUAUGGAUAUUACCAUUACGUACGGUUGCACUAAAACAUAUUUUUAUAUGAGUGAAAUAAAAAAAAAGCUUUUUUUGUGUACAGCAGCAAUUCUGUAAUACUAUUUAUUGUUACAAUGUUUCAUAAAUUGUACAUUUUUUUUCUUAAAUGUCGUGGAUGCCUUUUUCUAUGUACAGCAUGGGGUUUUGCUUACAUUAGGACGAGGAUGUGUACAGUGUAAUACGGCUUUAUAUGUAUUUAUAUACGUCAGAGUGAGCCCCGUCCCCCUCUCCUUGGAGGUAAAUGCAUACUGAAGAUGUACUCAAAUAUAUACCCUGCAUAUGAAUACAUACAGUAUAUGAAACCCACACGUCUAUAUCUGCACUUAGCAUUUUAAAAAUCUACAUUGUUGUGGUUUGCUUGUACAUUUUUGCUGCUUUUUGCCUGCCGCUGCUCGUGAUUCUUUUAGUUUUUGAAACUUUAAAGUAGAGCUGCACGAUAUUAGAAAAACAUGCAGUUGUGAUGUUAUUCAUAAAUGCAGCGAUAACCAUAUUUGCUGCAAUUCAUCUCUCUUCCCAUCAUCACGAUAUCGCUGCAACUCUCAGUUGCUGAAGGUGAUUUGGAGUUUUGCAGCAGCAGAAAUUAAUUCACUUGGUCAAAUUUUAUUAUUGUCAGAGGGCCUUAUGUUACAUUUGACCAUAAGCAGGAUUUCCCUGUAUUCCCACAACUCAUAAUCCACUAACAACCCAACAAUUAAUUAAAUGAAAUAUAUAUACAUGACUAUACAUUAUUAAUUAUUAUUAUUAUUAAUAUCUGUAUUGGUUUCUGCCACAGUAACAAAGCUCCACACCUGUUAUCAAACGUCAGCCAUAAGGACUUUAUAGACUUUUUCUAAAGCAAUUUUUAACAUUUAUAGGUCGGCUUGUUGCAAAGGUAGAUUCCACAUGACUGAUGCGUCUAAAGCAGGCGUAAAAAAGAUAAUUCAGCUUUUCAAAAUAAAGUUUCUAGAUAUGCUGCAGUGAGAAGCUUCGUGCAAAUCCAGUUUGCACUUGACUAAUGGCAACAUUAGUCCUGAAAGGGAGAUAAUCUUGUCUUUCCACAACAAAGCUUGGGACUAAUUUUCAAAAUAAAAGCCUGUAUAUUCGUAGGAAGGUUCUGCUUUGUUAACCAACCAGUGUUAAGUUAUGCUUAGCCUUUCAAAAAUAAAGCUAAUAUAUUAAAAAUAAAAGACCCAAGUUUUAGUUGGAUAGACUUCAAAAAGACUUAAACCAGGCAUGAUGUUAGUAGCAAACCUUCAAAAUAAAGGUUCACAGAUAAGCCAGAUAAGCUCCUGCAUGGAUUAAAUCAAUCAGUAGAAACAAAUAAAUGGGCUUUAAAUUAUGAUUCUGGUAACAUAGAAUUCUCCCCUUAAGCUUUUUAGCAACAAUAAGGCGUUUGUAGCGGACUAACUGAGACCGACACACACGUGUCAUACGUCCAGAUCUUCCUCUGAGAUGCCUCUACAAAAGUAUCAACAAAUAUUAACAGCAUCACACAUUUUCAAUUUAAAAAAUUAAAUACAAAUUUUAAAAAUUGUGCCAAAAAUAGCACAAAAACAAGCGUCCACCUGGAUCUAAACACGUAGAACUUCUCCAUUUCUUGCUGUGUGGAAACCAAACUGGCCACAGAUGUAACAAAGAUUUUAUGGUGUUUAUUUCCUGCUUUACAGCAAAACUAAGACGUUUUGUAUGGAAACAUCAGAUGUUUUAGGCAGAAUUAUUAUUUUUUGGCCAUUUUAAUCUCAUUUUCUCAGGCCCAGAAUAAUUUACUCUCAGAUUUCCACUUUCACAUAAUCCUCCAGGACCUUUAUGAUAACAGGUUUAGCAGUUUGGGCGUUAAAAAAUGUCUUAUAAAGUAAGAGUAUGUUUUUUUGGGGGGAAAUAGACCCUCUGGUUAAUUUGUAAACCUGUCCAGGGUCUCUUGGGGCCCCCAGGCAGGAGGGGUCCCUGCCCAGCCGGCCUUAGUAAUAACCAACCAAAUGCUGAUGCUGCGAUGGUUGUGGUUCACUAUAUUGUGCAGCUCUAGUUUGAAGGUGUUGUUUUUGCAGAAGCAUGAAUUUUCUCGCGGCGUUACCAGAAGUGCGGUUUCUCUCAUGCACCCCCCCCUCCCUCUGCUGCUGCACGCAUUCAAAGAGGAGGCAACGAAACAUUCCAGCCACAAACACGCCGGGAAGUCUGCAGCAUCAACGCGCCGGCACUUCAACCUGCAACCUUUCUGACGGCGCACCUUAGUUUUCCUCCUGAUCCGUCUUUGUUUUUUGAUUUUUUUGUUUUAUUUUUUGUUUUUUGGGAGAGACUCCAACUGACAUUUGCCUCCAAACCCUAAAAACAUCAACAAUAGUGAUUCUGUCGCGGCGUCUCUGCACCGCUCUCCUGCACAUCCGUUUUUUGUUUUUUUUUUAAAAGCUAAGCAAUAUUUAGCCAAAACUCUGCUCUCACCAGCAGGGAGUGUUUUUGUUGCAAGGCAACAAUGGUGUACUUUUAAAAAAAAAAUCCUAAAAUGAGGAGAAGGGAGCGGUUGCGGCGAUGAAAGAGGCGCAGGUCCUUUUGGUUUUUGGACAGUUGGGGGCCGAGUCGGGCAGGCUGCAAUGUACGUGUCUGUGUUCUGUAUCAGUGUGUAUUCAACCAGUAUAUCCUCUUCUUACGACUUCUUUUUCUAUUUUGAUUCUCCCUCUUAUGUAUCAUGACAACAAUGAUGUCUCUCUUUCUCUUAUCAAAGCACAAGUCAUUGCAUUCAAAUGACAACUAUACAGAAAAAAAGGAUAUAAAAAAGGUAAACGUGCGUAUAAAGGGGUAUCUCUUGUGACGGUGUUCUGUGGAGUUAAUGCGAUUAUCAUGUAUGAUCCAAGUUGCAACAAAGAGUGGCAGUAGAAGUGGAAGAAAUGCAUUCUUGUUUCCAAAUAAAUAUAAAGAGAAACAGC